GCGUUCAUCGGCUGAGCAGCCAGAGAGGAGAACAACGGAGCAUCCACCCACACACACCGCCGGGCCGCCGGACACGCUAUGAUAUUAUUUAUUUAAAAAAAAGAAAGUUCAUGCUUGUUUUUGCUCGUUUAUAAUACUGCCGGAGAGCUUAGUACAGAUGCAGAGGUGAUAUCCACUCCUAGCGGCAGCUGGGUGGCGGUGCUCUUUAGCAUUAGCUAGCCGGUUAGCUAGUGUUGACUGACGGGGGAGGGGGCGGUGUGAAAAGCAGCUGGGCACAAACAAAACAAAAGGAAAGAAGAGCUCAUUCAAAAAAAAAUAUUCCAAAAGUUUAUUUUUUUUCUAUUCCCUUCCGCGAUAGGUUCCGCCGUGUCGUAAUAAUCUAGUUUAGCAGUUGUUUGUUGUUAGCUUCAGCUAAACGUCGCUACAACAACGCGAUGAGCCCCGAGGCGGAGACCGCAGCCUCCACCAAAGCCUCCCCGGAGGACGAUGGCAUGACGUGGUGGUACCGAUGGCUCUGCAAGAUAGCCGGAGUUUUGGGAGGAGUGUCCUGUGCCAUCGCAGGAGUGUGGAACUGUGUCACCGUGAACCCGUUGAACAUUGCUGCCGGCGUGUGGAUGGUGUUGAACGCCUUCGUGCUGUUCCUGUGUGAAGUCCCGUUCUGCUGCCAGUUCAUAGAGUUUGCCAAUGCGAUCGCAGCCCGAGCAGACAAAUUCAAACCGUGGCAGAAAGCCUUCUUCUACUGUGGGAUGGCGAUAUUUCCCGUUCUUCUGCGUUUCUCUUUUACGACCUUGUUUGGAAACGCCAUCGCCUUCGCCACCGGAGUCCUGUACGGACUCGCGUCUUUAGGCAAAAAGGGGGACGCGGUGACGUACGCCAGGCUGCAGCAUCAGAAACAGGGGGACGAAGAGAGGAUGACGGAAACGGCCAGCGGGGCUCCGGAGUGAGGCGCCCGCCAUCCAUCUCCAAUGCUCCUUUUCCCUCUUUCCCGAUCCUGUCACUGCAUAACUACGACACUGAGUUUAUUUAUUUCCUGGAGGCUGCUGCAUUAUCGUUCUCCGGGCCGGUUAAAUAUCCAAGCAGAUUGGAUCGUGUCCAUUAUUUGUUACCCGGGGUGUAAUUGGGAUCUUUUAUCAAGACUCCCAAGAUCUUAAACUGUAAGCUUUGUUUUUAUGGUCUUGUCAUUGAUUGUAUUUAUUAUUUUAUUCCCUUUGUUGUUUUGUUGCUGCGGUCACUCGUACACCCCUUCCUGUAGCAAAAAAAGUGAGCUACGUCUUUUUCGCCCAAGAGCCUUUCGGGAAUUCCCAAUAGAAUUCGAUGUGAUUGUAAAAUGCUUCUUCGGGUUAUUGGCUAUGACUCUGAGGCCGUGAUUCAGAGAGGUCCGUUCACCAUGAAUCACCAUAUCUGUAAAUAGUCCCACAGGUUUCCUUUCGUGACUCCCUGUAUUAGAAUCGCAGAAUGUACCUUCGUUGGAAAGCGAGAGAGAGACUUUAAAGCCACGACGCAGACGACACCGAUUUUUAAAUGUUAAAGGCAUUAUGAAUAAGUGUAACAAUGGGAAUGUAUCUGGUGUACCCAAAGACAAACACAGUUAUUGCUCAUCCAUCUUCUUUUUUUGCCUUUUUAGUAUUCUGGCAUUAUACUUUUGGUAGCAUGGACUCUUACGGAGGGAAAUAAAAGCUUUCAGUGCAUGUGUGACGUUGUUAACGUAUCGUUCCUCGUGAUCAAGUAGCCGGUAGCCGCGUGCAUCCUUUUAAAAACGUGUCUGUUUUGGGGCUUUAGAAUCUUUUACCGAAAAUGUGUUGUGUUGAUUUUGAGUCUUACUUGGUGCAUUCUACCAACAUACAUUCAAUAUUAAAUGGCGGGACAUUGGUCCGCAUUCACACAUUCACCAAAGCCACGCGUUGCCUUCGUCACGGAAGUGAGGUAUGCAGCGGUCAGCAGUGUACGAUGUGUGUCUGUGUCGUGUCGUCGUCGGUAGGGGCGCUUUGGGAAUAAUUGUUUACACGUACCUCUUACAGCGGUUUCUGUCCGGUAGCCUUUUACCGGCUGGAUCUGUCACACAUUACCACCAGCUCUCAGGUGUCACACUUGUACAACGUGCUAAGUAGACUGAAGCGUAGAUCACAGAUGUACGCUAACUAGCAUGAGUGUGAAUGACUUUCAUUCAUGUGCAACCAGCUUCAACAAGGGACAAAGCACCACACACCAGCAGUGCGCUACAGCCCGACACUACACACACACACUUUACCAUUUUGGUAAGAUGUUAAAUAAAAUAAACAGCGUUCUUUGUCCACAAACAUCCAUCCAAGUGUAUUUUAUUGCGGUGAAAUGCCUCCGAGACUCUUGUGGUUUGUGAUGGUUGAUCGUGUCGAGUGCACAUUUUGCUGUGAGAGAUAUUUGUAUGAUAUGUGUUGUGAUGUGAAUCCUCAUCCUGUUAUCGAUUAGUGAAUUAAAGAAAAUUGCUACUAC